AUGAUGAUCUUUAGUCUUCUCCUGUGUCUCUUAGCAAGUCACGCGGUCUCGCUUAACUCCAUCUCGCCUCGGGAUUUUACAUGGGUCAAGAAGUGGGCGGCGGUCGGAGACAGCUAUACUGCUGGAAUCGGUAGUGGUAGACUCUGGAGUGAGCGUGCGGAUGACCGCAAAUGUUCUCGCUACGACCAGUCAUACCCCGGUCAACUCAAGCACGUCUUCGGCCCUCAGGUGAAGCUUUUUGAGUACAAGGCCUGCAGUGGAGCUCGAACAGGACAGAUCUUCGAGCAGGUCAAGAGUCUUUCCACCAAUCUCGAUCUCGUGGUCAUCAGCGCUGGAGGCAACGAUCUAUGUUUGGCCGACAUCAUCAAAACCUGCGUAUUUCUACCCGUUCAGGGCGAAGACAAAUUCCAGGAGGUCCUGGACCUGGCGCAGCACAAUAUCGAUACCAUCGUGAAGCCCAACCUCCGCGAGAUUAUCGAUAUGCUGAGGUACAAGCUCAGCUACAACGGAAUGAUUGUCUGGGUGCUGUAUGGCCAAUUCUUCAACCUUGAGAAUGAGGAGUGCUCUACAAAGCAUGACUGGUCUUUCCUUCGUCUUGGGGUUGUUAGUGGGUUGCCGCUGACGGUUGAGCGCCGGCGCAAGUUCAAUCUGCUCGUCAUUAACAUCAACAAGGCCAUCAGAGAGACGAUUCUGGGCGUCCGUGGGCAUGUGUACCAGAACCCCUACAUCCGGAUCGCUGACUGGGACGCCUUUGUGGGCUACGGCAUGAAAGGUCAAUUCUGUGUCCCUGGCACGACGGGCGAGUACCCCGAUCCCAGGCAGCCGUACCUGCAUUUCUUCAAACCAAACACCGCAGUCGACGGACAUCAAGAACUGCGCAAGAGGGAAGUGGAAGCUAUGGUAGAUCUGCAUUUUGAUGACACCCCUGGUCUGCUGGCCGGCGAACUGCACCCCAUGCUGGGAAUCAACACCACCAACGCCACCACCAACCUGACCGAUCUUGUCCAUAUCGAAGCCGACCGGAUUGAGCGCAGCCUGCUCCUUAACCCCCGCGACCCGUCCCCACCCAACUGCCCGGCCGACAGCGGCUCCAUCAACGUCGGCCUCCCCGACGGCUGGGGCAAGUUCUUCCACCCAAACGAGUUCGGCCACAAGACCAUCGCUUCCUUCGUACUCAGCGAGAUCGUCGCCCAGCGCGCCGUGAUCAUGCAGGUCGCGAACCCGAUGUGCCAGGCCACGGACAACAUCUUCAAAUGCUGGCAGCCGGAGGGCCGCAGGGACUACGCCUCGGCGGACCUGAUGAAUGCCAACUACAAGACCUUUUGCAAGGAGUUCCAGCCGCCCACCAGCUCGCACGAGCGCGAGUGGAGCUCGGAGCGCUGCUUCGACCGGGUCAUCAACUCGUGCGACGGCAACGACCCGGAGCACAACCCCCUGAACUGGAAGUUCGGCGGCCGCUGGGUGCCCGGCAACUACAUCUACGAGGUCAACGUGAUGAACUCGUUCAAGCGGCCCUGGCCCGUCAUCCGCGCGGUCGACGGCAGCUGCCGCAGCAAGUACCGCGGGCUCUGGGAGUCGUACUGGAUCCGGGGCCGCGGCUGGUCCACGGGCGGCUUCGGUCAACGCUCCUUGCUGCCCAGUGCCAAAACUUGCGUCGGGGGCGGCGUAACGGCGUGGGACUUCGAAUAUCUGAAUGGCGCGGAGGAGAAGGAUGGCAUGGAGUGGGAGGCCUUCUUCCGCACUCCGGUGUUCUGUAAUCCCAGGUGCUUUGGCAAUAAUGAUGUGCAAUUUGCGUCCGGGGGGUUUACUCAUGGAUGCUAA